AUGUCGGAAAUUCACGAAUAUAAACGUCGAAUGACCAGAAACGUCCUCUGGAAACUCGAUUGUCAUAUCCUACCUCCCCUUGCUCUUCUUUGGCUCGCCAAUUUUAUUGACCGAAGCAAUGUCGGCAAUGCAAGAAUUGCCGGCCUGGAAACUGAUACACAUCUGCACGGAAACCAAUUCAACAUGAUCCUAGCCGACAGGUACAUCUUGGUCGAACUACCUUCUAAUUGGGUACUCAAGCGGAUGAAGGCAAACCGUUGGCUCCCCCUUUUGGUUUUCGUCUGGGGAAUCAUAACGACAUUGACGGCCCUGGUUCAGAAUCUUGGGGGUCUCGUGGGCAUCCGCAUGUGUCUCGGGAUUUGUGAAGGAGGCUUACUUCCUGGUAUUGUGCUGUAUCUGAGCACCAUGUAUAAACGUCACGAACUCCAGCUUCGGUAUGUUUUGAUAUUUCUUUCUCCGAGAUCAUCAUUUGACCACAUAUCAAUGGACGGGAUAGGAAACCUUGCUGGCUGGCGCUGGAUUUUUAUUCUGGAGGGUAUCGCCACAAUUAUUUUCAGCAUCAUUGCUGCUAUCUUUUUGCCGGCUGAUGUGUCCUCCGCUCCAUUUCUCUCUGAGGUAGAGAGAGAUUUUGCUCAUUCUUCCGCGCUUCAUGAUCCUAAGGAGGACGUGCUCACUGUAGAAAAGAUCCAGAUAUCUGCCCACAAUAAUCGUGUAGAGUACGAGGACGAGGUCUUCGAAUGGAGAGAGGUCAUACGAGGUUUGACUGACGUACAGACCUGGUUGACUGCUUUCACAUACCUUGGCCUCGAUGUCAGCCUCUAUUCGUUUUCACUUUUCUUACCUACUAUCGUUGCGCAGUUGGGUUACUCAGGCGAACAGGCGCAAUUGCACACUGUACCACCUUACGUUCCCGCAGUUGUUCUCACAGUUGUUGUGGCAUUUCUGGGCGACCGAUUGAAAUGGCGCGGUCCAUUCAUCUUGAUAUUUUUACCUGUGGCAAUCAUAGGAUACAUUGUUGCAAUUACCGCCAAAACGAAUACCGGAAGAUAUGCAGCUGUAUUUCUCAUUGCUGCGGGCGUUUAUCCAAGUGCUCCCUGCCUCUUGUCUAUACUUCCUAAUAAUAGCAGUGGUCAUUACAAAAGAGCCACCGCUACGGCGUUCCAACUCGCGUUCUCAAAUACAGGAGGUUUCAUCGCUACAUUUUCGUACACCCAAGACCAAGCUCCAAGAUGUUACUGCUUGUGGGAAAACAAAGCACGCAGAGAAGGACGCCGAGCGGAGAAUAUACGCAAGUACAAAGAACUGUUGGAUGAAGGAAAAACUCGUGCUCCUAUUGGAGACCGUCAUCCCGAGUUCAGGUUCACGUUAUAA